UGGUCUCCGGAGGCGACGGAACUGGUUCACAAUUGGGAACAAGACGGAGGACAGAAGCACGAUGCGUGGCUUGUUGUCAGGAACAGCAGAUUGGUGAAGAAUUUGGAUCGAAGAACGGGGCCACGCCCACAAUGCCUUGCGAUUCGUGAGAGGUUGGAGAGAAAGGAGAUACAGGACUGAGAAUAGCGGAAGUGCGGGGUGGUGAGGGGAGCUCGGUGAUAUGGAGAGUUCUUUCAGAACGCGAGUGGAUCGGACGUUCGGAGGGUUGUUGGGAUUGAAUCAAACGAUUGUUGAGAGUGAAUCUGUCUCCUCAAGAGUCAAUUUACCUGCGAAUGGUAAUGCCCCCGACGUCUGGUUUGUCAGUGAGCGAGCCAUCUCCACGGCAAGGUUCGCAAGGACUGGGGAUGAUGACGACGGAGUUGAAAGAGAUGACAACGCUGCUGCGGACUACCGAAGGUUUGUUAGGUUGGAGCGGCGUGGUCGGAGGAGGAGGCGGGAUGAUCUCACAGCUGAUGAACCCGAAGAUGAGGACAGUGAGGAGGAGCGUAGAGAGCGGAAGCGCGCAAGAGAGAUAGAAUUCGAAGGAGAUAUUGUCAUAGACAGAAGUGAAGAGGACGAUGACGAAGAAAUACAAGAGAUGAGGAGGAUGAUCGGUAGGGAUUGUACUCUCGACUUUGAGGAGGAGGAAGAUGAGUAUGACAAAGUUGCCGUGGGUAGAGAAGGAGCUGGUGAGAGGAUGUACAUGAGGGAAGUUACGGGGUCUUGCCUUGAAAUCUGCCAUCUUCCUCCGGGACACAGUGGGGCUUUAGGAACUUUCCGAAGAGAUGCUAGGGCUAAUCAUGCAGCGGCAGCAGCUCGUCUUAGGGAAGACAUGGAAGGCGAAGCCAUGGCUGGGACAACUGGCAAGGAGAGAGUUCCUACAGCUUCUCCGGCGAGAUUGCCAAGCGUUUCAUCCUCAAUUUCAUGUUUAAAGCGACAUCUAGGCGAUGAAGGGUUUGCUAAAGACGGUGCAGAUGAGAUAGUAGGGAAGAAUGAAAAGCCUAGUGAAGCAUCUUCUACAGUCAAAGAAGAAUCGGGAAACGACUGCGGGAUAGCGGAAGCCUGUGAUGUUGGCAAAAGUUUUGGUCCCGGAAAUAAAAAAGCAACUGAAAGUUGCAACUCCAACAAGGAUAUUAGAGAAUCAUGUCUCAAAACUGAAGAGCGCAUUCAUACGAUGAGGAAGGAGAAGAAGGCUAGGACUGUGAGAUUCGCCGUUGCCGACGAUCCUUUGGAGGAGGACAGAGGAAGAGAAGCAGAGGUAUCCAUGAACGGAUACCAGAUGGGGACUCCAGAGGCCCAGACGAACACAAAUAGGUUCGGAGGAACUGUACACUCCUUCCAGAACGCUUCAAAAGUUCCUGAUUAUGUUCGAAAUCCUUCUAAGUACACCCAUUACACUUUAGAAUGGUCGGAUGAUGAGGAGGACGUCAAGGAAAAUCUUUCAGCAUUUCAGUCCUUUAAGGAACUGACGCAGGAAAAGGAGAAGCUCGACGGAGCGAUGGAACCGUUGCACUCAAUUACUUUCAUACCAAAAUUCAAUGGAACUUUGAAAGUAGGUGAAAGUGGACAAGAGAAAUGUAAGAAGGACUCUGUUUCUGUACAGGCUCCGUCAUUGGUCAGUUUUGUGGAACCGGUGGUGGAGGAUGACUUGAACUGCAAGACAAACGAAGACUUGUCUCUUCCGAUCCGGUCGAGUGAGGGCAAGACUGCACGAGUCUUUCGGAAGAGGACCAGAACAAUUACUGAAGACGAUUCUGAGAAAGAAACUACGGAUCCCUCGUAGCGGUUGACGUUUGUGCAGGUUGUUUGGGUGUGCAUGAAACUUGUAAUGAGAGGAGUGGUAUCAUUCUUCUUCAGCGACUUAUCAACAGAGAUGUUAGCUCUCCGUUUCCAUUGGUGUCCGGCCUGGUCUUUCCUUGCUUGCAGCUCUGUGUCGCUGUCGAUGGUUUUUUCAUGGGGUUUUUUUUGUCACAUGCUCUCUUAUCUAUUAUUGUACAAGUCCUCGUAAGUACUUCACAAGUCGAGCGACCUUAGAUUCUCAACGCAAGAGAAAUAGAGUAGGGAGAAAUCAUUGACAAUAAUGGGAACAUCCGGAGGGAAAGAAAUCAUAUAGGGAACCACUAAGAGCUGCCAAGGUCGUCACGUUACAGGGGUACUGUGGAAGCAUGAAAAGAAAUCCAAGCAAGGGAAGCCUGCGAUAUACCCACACUAUAUUGUGCUUAAUACGCUACCACAGAACGAGCCUGAGUCAAGACGCAGAACGAACGCAGAUGGCAGACAAGCUUGGUAACUUGGACCCUGAUAAUUUCGAGAGCUCGGAACAGAAUCAUGAAACUACCAAACUUUUCACUCAAAAGAAGGUUCUGAAUUGAGGGUAGACUGAGAGAAUCCACUCUUCUGGCGCUUGACAGAAGACUUGAAGACUUCUCUCAACGAAACCAGAUGGAGUAUACUCACGUGGUAGUCUUCACGUCACUCAAAAGGUUGGCAUCUUUGUAAUUACGUACACUCAACGCAAAUAAAAAAUUCCGGACCCAUC